GAAACAAGCAACAUUGUGUCUUACAACAAGUGAAAAAUAAAACUUUGUACAUUCUCAAAACAACAAUAUAAUCAUCCAUCAUGAGCAACAUUAGCAACGAUAGUGGUCUGGAUGACUCCGCCAACUGUGGCGCCGUGGCCAACUCGCAUCCAUUGGCUGCCACUCGAUUGUCCUGGUUCCUAGCCGAGGUUGAUGACGGUGCUAUGAGUAAUGGAAAACCGAAUGGCCAUCCCCGACUCUGCGUCCUCCAUUCCAUGGAACUGCUGGAGACGGAUGUAUCCGAGAAGUACAUGACCCGCUUUGUGGAAUUCCGGGUUAACGGAAUGGUGCUCGAGGCCAAGUUGAUUCUGGCCGCCGACGAGAGGCGCCUAGUGGAUGCAGCCUUGUUGUCCAUGAGCAAGGAGCAGCGGGAGGAUUCCAAUUCCAAGCAACUUCUGGUGCAAUACACGGAAAAUGAGGAGACUGGAGAACGCCUGGUCCACAAACUCGUCUCACCGAGCAACGUUAGGUGGCUCAGUGCCAAGCCGGAGCUGGCCAACACUCCCCUGGUCAGCUUAAGUCCGGGUUGCGUAGCCCACGUCCUUUAUGCCUACGACAACCGGGAUUAUAUGGAAAAGGUCUUACUGCACAUGAAAACACGCUGCUUCGACGAUGCCUUCGAUGAGAAUUUGGAUUCGGAAGCCACUAUGACCGAUGACACGUGGAUGCUGGUCCAAUACAGUCCCGAUCCUGAGACUGUGGUCUACCAGGUGGUGCAGUAUAGCCAAACGGUUUGGCGACAGGAGAAUCUCUUCAAGGACGUCAUCGCCUACAUCCAACUGCCAGGCAACGAUCUGGUUCUUCAGGCCGUGGUCAUUAGCUAUGGCCUGCAAAAGGAAGUCCAGCAAGCCAAAUUGGAACACUUACGAAACCUGGGCAUGGAGAUGCAGUUUCCACUGCCCGGAGAACUAUCGAAGCAGCUGGAGCAGGGCAGCGGCACGGCGGCUCUUUUCUCCCGGACCAGCUUGUACCAGAAGGCGGAGCAACGGGAUGCCACCGGAGAACACAAAGAACUUCGCCGGAGCUUGGAACAGAUGAGCGAGAAGGCACAGGUCGAGGCUCAGAUGAUCAUUGAUGCUUUUGACAUGGUGGACAACAUUAACAAGAAUCUCCAAUACCGAUUAUCGGGAGACGGCCGCUUGGCAGAAACUACGUCUGCAGAUGAACUGCAAUAAUUUAACAUUAUUUUUUUAUUUUUAAGCGU